AUGCCGCAACUAGAAAGCAUUUCGAAGACGUACAAGCCCGUCGACUCGAAGUCGAAGAGACCAGCAGCGAUUCAGCUUCAAUCGGAAGACCUGGAAACCCCGUUUAGUUUUACGUUCGAGGCCAUCAGACCCAAUAUAUUCAGGACGACAUUUACUUCGGACUCGCAUCCACUCCCUCCAUACCCGUCAAUACCCCGGCCAGAGAGGAAGCUCGACAACAUCAACAUCAACUCCAACCAGAUCAGCGAGGCAAGUUGUUCCUUUGAGCUCGGCGACAUCAGAGCAUCAGUUGACUGGAAUCACGCGCCCGUUGUAUCACUGGGAUGGCUGGGUUCCAAAGAGAUUCUGCAUUCUGACCUGGCGUUUCGUUCCUAUGUCGUCGAUGGCCAGGGCAUCGCCCACUAUGUCCAGCAUGACCGCAAAGCCCUUCAUGUGGGACUGGGAGAGAAAUCUGCGCCAAUGGAUCUCACUGCCCGGUACUUCCAAGUUUCUGCCACAGAUUGCUUCGGGUAUGAGGCAUAUGCUACAGAUCCCAUGUACAAGCAUAUGCCGUUGCUGAUCAAGGCGACUCCCAAUGGCUGCAUAGCCAUGGUCUCCACGAGCCAUAGUCGAGGAUCGUGGUCAGUUGGCUCAGAGAUCGAUGGCCUCUGGGGACACUUCAAAGUCUUUCGACAAGACUAUGGAGGGCUCGAGGAGUAUCUGAUUGUAGGACGGACCUUGAAGGACGUGGUUCGGAGCUAUGCAGAACUGAGCGGAUUUCCACUACUCGCGCCUCGCUGGGCAUAUGGAUACUUGAGCGGGGGUUAUCGAUAUACGAUGAUGGACGAUCCUCCGGCUUACCAGGCGUUGCUCGAAUUUGCUGAAAAGCUGAAGGAGCAUGAUAUUCCCUGCUCGGCGCAUCAGAUGAGUUCGGGUUACUCCAUCGCCGAAACCGAACCCAGGGUGAGGAACGUAUUCACGUGGAACAAGCACCGAUUUCCCGAGCCAGAAAAAUGGAUCGCCCAAUACCACACCAUGGGGAUUAGGCUGCUGACCAACAUCAAGCCAUUUGUCCUUGCAUCGCAUCCGGACUACCAGUAUCUGGCCAAGAACCGAGGCCUGUUCACGGACCACAGAAAUGGAAAGACUGCUGAAAUGCGUCUGUGGAGUGCUGGCGGCGGCGAAAGCGGCACCGGAAGCCACCUUGAUUUUUCUUCGGCAGCGGCAUAUGAAUGGUGGGCCCGCGGAGUCGAGAGAUUGAAAGAACAAGGCAUUGAUGCAAUGUGGAACGACAACAACGAGUACACCUUACCGAAUGACGAAUGGAAGAUGGCUCUAGAGACCGUUCCUACCGGCAACAAACUGGGAUCAGACAAAGUCGGGCUCUGGGGCCGUGCCAUGCAUACUGAGCUGAUGGCCAAAGCUUCAUAUGAGGGUCUGAUCCGAGCAGAACCCGGCGUUCGACCCUUUGUCUUGACGCGAAGCGCAAGUAUUGGAACUCUGAGGUAUGCGUGCAGUUCGUGGAGCGGUGACAACAUGACCAGCUGGGAGAGCAUGAAGGCAGCGAAUGCGAUAUCUCUGAAUGCAGGUGUCAGCCUGAUGCACUGCUAUGGCCACGACAUUGGUGGAUUUGAAGGGCCUCAGCCUUCUCCUGAAUUGUUGCUUCGCUGGGUUCAGCUUGGUUGCCACCAGAUCCGCUUUGCCAUCAACUGCUUCAAGACAUCUCCUCAAGACAACCAAGCUGGCGAAGUGAUUGAGCCCUGGAUGUAUCCGGAAAUCACGCCCAUGAUAAGAAAGGCGAUCAAGAGAAGAUACGAGAUCAUGCCAUACAUCUACUCGCUUGGCCUGGAAAGCCACCUGACAGCAAGUCCCCCGCAGAGAUGGAUUGGCUGGGGCUAUGAGUCUGAUCCAGAGGUGUGGACUAAACCGCUCAAGUCUGGCGACGAACAGUAUUGGUUUGGAGACACGUUGUUGGUCGGUGGCGUGUAUCAGCCUGGUGUUAAUACCGCCAGAAUGUACCUGCCACGGCGCGCGGAAGAAGGAUUCGACUAUGGUUAUGUCAAUCUCAAUGCGCCCUAUGACUACCAUGCCGCCGGCCAGUGGGUAUCCGUUUCAUCGCCAUGGAGGGAAAGCAUCCCGAUCUUCGCAAGAAUUGGUGGAGCAAUCCCCGUUGGAAGGAGCGUGCAGACACGAGUGCCUGGCGAUACCAAGGCAGAAUGCAAAGCUCUUCCUGAGGAUGACUACCGAGGCGUUGAAAUAUUCCCACCCAAAGGCAGCUCGCACGGGAGAAGCUUCACCUCAACCUGGUACGAAGACGACGGCCUCGCUCUCCACCCGGACAUUUCCUCCUUCACCGUGUCGUACAUCUCCACUGAAGAAAAGGUGAUAGUUGAACUCGGCGCCAGCGCAGACAACGUCUUCGUCCCACCAUGGAAGGAGGUGGUUUUCAUCUUGCCAUGUGGAGAUGAGCGGUACAUUGAGUCGGCCAGUGGAGCCACGAUGGAACGGGUUGAAUCGCAGGAUUGUGGGAGAGUCCGCUAUAAGAUGCAAAUCCCUGGCGCAGGAGGUCGAAAUGGACAGAUCCCGUGUAAUGGAUAUCAUUAG